AACCUUUAAACGGCUCAAGAGCAUCUGGCGGACUGUUUUCGGUGCUGCACAAGGAAACGUGCAUGGACGACAUUGAGGUUUUCUGAGAAGAACAAUUAUGUACAGAAGAUUGUUAUUAAAUAUUUAUCAAGUCCGAAAUGGAUUAAUUCAUACACAAAAUCCACGGCCACCUUUAAGAAAAUGUAAAGAGGGAGAGGUUAUAAAUUGGCCCACGGGUAAAGCAAGCCAGAGGCUACUGGGAACCAGCAGCAUCUCUUUAAGUGAAACUAAAGACGGUACCACAUCUUUUUCAGAAGAGAAAGAAAACAAAGUAGAAGCUAACACAGAUGUUAAAAAGGAGGGCACUGAAAUUUCACAAGCAGCGUCGACAACACAGUGCGAGACUGAAGCCACAGACACACCUGAAGAAAGCAAAGGGUUAGAGAAGACAAAAACUGGGAAACAGAGUCUCUUGGAGCUUCUUGGAGCCAUGAAGGUGGAGGUGACAACCAAACGUAAAAUAAGACCACCAUUGGUUUCAAGAACCAGUGAGAGACCCGAACCAAAGCCAAUGGAAAGCGCACAUAGCAUGUUUCAGCAUGCUACAGCCGAGGGUUCACCACAGCGUGAGACACUGAAUUCAGCACUGGUUACUGCAGCAUCAGCAGCUGCGUCCACGCUGCCCAACAGCCAUCAGGCUGAGUCCGAGCUCCUUCAGCAGCUGAGAAAAUAUGAAGCCAUACCUGACACCCAGAAGAGAGCAGAGGGACAAAACAUUGGAGAUAUAAUAGCUGAUAUGAAAGUAGGAAAAAGGCAAAAUAGCAGAUCAAAUGGCAGGCCGACCAGUCAGAUCCGCUUUGAUGAUGAUGGGCGAGGAUAUACUCAAGACAGAGGUGUUACUGGUGAACUUGACGGAGUUCGUAGACGGAAGAGUCCUUUCACUGGUAAGAGGCUGAAUAUCUUCACUGCUUCUACGGAGCACGAUGCAGUGUCGGAUCUGGGCCCCACCCUUUGGGACAUUGAUCAAGCCAAUCAGGUUGUCCAGUCAACAAAUCAGAUGCCUCGUAAUGGCUUUGAAGAGUUGAUAGCGUGGACCAAAGAGGGCAAGCUUUGGCAAUAUCCGAUCAACAAUGAGGCUGGUCUGGAGGAUGAGGUGCAUGUGCCCUUCCACGAGCAUGUGUUCCUGGAGAAGUACCUUGAUGAAUCGUUCCCCCGGCAAGGCCCAGUCAGGCACUUCAUUGAGCUGGUUAUUACAGGACUUGCAAAGAAUCACCACCUCACAGUAAAGCAGAAACAGGAACAUAUCGCCUGGUUCAAAGACUAUUUCCAGCAGAAAGACAGUGUCCUCAAAGAGGCUGAGGCAUAACUGAACACCAAGCUUUGUGAUUGGACAAUAAUAGAAAAGGCAUAUUUCAUAUUAACCAG